UUCCAUAUAUGAACUUUCAAAAAUAAUCUAGGGUUACUCGAUGAAGAAAAACAGAGUGUUCUCCUGAACAAAAAUAAAGGACUCUUUUCUCAAGCUUCAAAAACAAGGGAAAAAGAAUUGUAGCAAUCGGAAAAAGUUAGAAAUUUUCCUAUUCUAUUACGAUUGUUGCUUUUUAUCAAACUAAAAUUCUUCUUCAUUCUUAAAACACCAGAUAUUGUGGGUUGGAGCAAAGAAACAAUAGAAAGAAUGUUGGCUCGAUGUUUAAGUGGCCGAUCAUCCACACCCAACUAUGAUCCUAUCUCUGAAGCCUCACUUUUCACAAUUAAAGUACACCAUGGUGGAUCAUUUGUGCGUACUCCGGCACGAGGCUACAUAGGUGGGAAAGUCGAAUAUUUUGACUAUGUAAAUGGGACAACGAUAAAGCUAUCAGAUUUUAAGAAUAUGGCCGAGCAAUGUAAUUAUGAGAAGGAGCCAGUGGUGUUUUGGGAUAAAUAUGGUUUAAACCUUUAUAAGGUUCGAUUAGUCGGGAGCAACACUGAAGCUACUAGAGUUGCUACUUGCAUUCCAAAGGAUAGAGUGGUUGAGAUAUAUUUUGAACAUUUGGAUUUCUAUCGUGACGAAAAUCAAUGUCAUGAGGAAACAAAAAUGAAUUCUUCACCAACGAUUGAUGUAGGAGCAAGCAGUGAUGAUUCUCAUGAUAGUGAUUUUGAAGAUUCUGAUUAUACUUUGGAGGAAGAUGAUCUAUUGUUCUCCAAAAAUGUUGAUCCUUCGGCUGAAUCUUUUGGGAUAAGUAUCCAUGGGAAAACAAAGAAAAAUGAUGCAACGCAAGAUUAUGUAAGUGAAGAUAUGCGAAGAAAGAUGCAGAAUGAGGAGGGUGACUCGGAUUGCGUAGAUUCUGAUGACACAAGGAGUUUGAAUAGUGACUGCGAUUCUGAAACUAAUGAUUGUGAGUUUCCCAAGCACAACCCAAAAUUGAUGCCCUUAAUCCCAAAUUAGAGUUGGGAAUGAUAUAUGGUAACAAAAAAGAGUUUAAGGAAGCUGUCAUUGCAAAUCAAGCCAAAAUUGGAAUGUCAAUCAAGUGGAUCAAAGAUGACAGAGAAAGAGCUAGGGCCGAAUGUAGACGUAAAAAGUCUGGAUGUAAGUGGAAGAUAUUGGGCUCGGCAAUGCAAAGGGACACAUCUUUUCAGAUAAAGACUUUUGAUCCCGAUCAUACUUGUUUUGGAUGGAAUUUUAAGAAUAAAAUUAUCAUUUCAAGCUGGAUUGCAAGGAGGUAUGUUGAUAGAAUUAAAUCAAAUAAGACUUGGAAAGUAUCAGAAUUCAGAGAUACAUUGAGUAGGGAAUUACAAUUGCAUGUGAGUAUACAUCAAGCAAGAAGGGCAAAGGAAAAGGCUAUUGCAAUGAUCGAUGGACAUAUCAAUGAUUAGUUUAGUAUAUUAUGGAACUAUUGUAAUGAAAUUGUUAGAACCAAUCCCAGGACUUCUGUUUUCAUGAAACAAACUUCAAAUGAAAGUUCUGACAAGCUGAUGAGAUUUUAGAAAUUUUAUGUUUGCUUUGCAGCUUGUAAAGCUGGUUUCAAGGCAGGUUGUAGGAAAAUUGUUGGGGUUGAUGGGUGUUGGCUGAAGGGUACUAUGUAUGGGGCACAAUUACUAUCAGUUGUUACUUUGGAUGGGAAUAACAACUUCUUUCCAAUAGCUCAUGCAAUUGUCGAGAAGGAAAAUAAGGAAACAUGGAAAUGGUUCUUAACCUAUCUGAUGAAUGAUCUUGAGAUCGAAGAGCAGUACUUGUGGACUUUUAUGUCAGAUAAGCAAAAAGGACUCCUUGAAGCUUUUGAAAUUGUAUUGCCUGGCGUUUCUCAUAGAUUUUGUGUGCGACAUAUGCAUAGCAAUUUCAAGAAAGUUGGAUAUUCUGGAAUGACUUUAAAAAAUGCUCUUUGGGAGGCAGCUUCAGCAACAACUAUUGACAGGUUUGAUGAUUAUAUGGCUAAUUUAAAUGGAAUUUGGGUGACAUUUGUCCUGUUAUUAAAAAGAAGUUGGCCAAAACAAUGAAGAAUGCUGCUUAUAUUCCUAAAAAGUCGAACACUUGGAAUUAUGAAGUCAUUGGACCUAUCGAAGGUGACGCUUGGGCUGUAGACUUGUAUAACAAAACAUGCAGCUGUAGGAAAUGGGAACUUUCAGGAAUUCCUUGUAAGCAUGCCAUACCGGCCAUUUGGUUGAAAGAGGAUGAGGUUCUAGACUAUGUUGAUGAUUGCUACAAAGUCGAGACAUAUAGAAAAAUUUAUGAAGUUUCUAUAUUUCCUAUGAAUGGUCCUGAUUUAUGGGCUAAGUCACGGAAUCCUCCACCAUUGCCACCUUCUUACUUGAAGAAGAAGAAAGGGAGGGAAAAAAAAAGGAAAGAAGAUGAUGAACCAGGAGCUGGCAGGACCAAGUUAAAAAAGAAAUCAAAGUCAGUUGAUUGUAAAAAAUGUGGUAGACUUGGCCACAAUAGCAGAACUUGCAGUUCUUACUUAGAUACCAUCGAAAUUCAUCUGUCGGACUAACCUUGCAGUUUGGAGUCCGUUAUAGUCAAGGAAGCAUCAAGUUCUCAUACUGUCGAAAAGCUACCGGUAAGAAAUUUUACAUCAUUUUGUGUUUUAAUUUGUUCUUUCAGGUUAGAAGAGGUACAUCUCAGGUUACCCAACAAAGUUACAUCUUUCCGUCAUCUCAACAAGGCGACGAUUGUUGAAGAAAUUUGGCUUCUUAUUAUAUUGAAGAAAUACUGAUAGUUUCUUCUCUUCUAUUAGUGUAUUGGUUUAUGGAGCUUUUGGUUUCUUGUUGAUCAGUUGCUGGUUUCCGUUUUAGUUUUUAUGCUGCUAGGUUUUUGUCUUUAAUUAAUUAGUGCUACUAUUGCUUUUGCUGUUGCUGGAGAAAUGGUAUUGUAGUACAUGGGUACUGAGUUUUGUUUGAUUAUUCUGUUAUUUUUUUGCUGCUCAUUAUUGCUGGUGUGAAUCAGUAAAGCC